UCAAAACAAACAAAAUAGUAAUACUCCAAACCAAGGCCCCAACCCCAAUGCUUUCUCUUCUCUCUCUCAAUCUCAAUCCAUGCUUUUAAAUUUCUAAUAUAAUCAUCAUCUUGCAUAGCAUCAUUUGCAAUACAAGAGAAGAGAAACGUGUAGAAAGCCAGACUCAUUCUCUAGAGAGAGAGAGAGACUAGUUGUUGUUGUAAUAUUAUUGUUAGUGUGUGCUUGUGUUGUUUCUCUUUAAUUUGCACUUACUACACUCACUCAGAAUCAGACCUGUGUUUCUGCUCUGCUCUUCUGCUAUUUGUUUGCUCUGGAAUAUUGUUUGUUGAUACUUGUUAGAGAGAGAGAAAGUGAAGAGAGAGUUAAAUAGAUAGGUGUAGAGAAAAAUGCAGCAGCACCUGAUGCAGAUGCAGCCCAUGAUGGCUGCCUACUACCCCAACAACGUCACCACUGAUCACAUUCAGCAGUAUCUGGAUGAGAACAAAUCCUUAAUUCUGAAGAUUGUCGAAAGCCAGAAUUCUGGCAAGCUGACCGAGUGUGCCGAGAACCAAGCAAGGCUACAGAGAAAUCUCAUGUACCUUGCUGCAAUAGCUGAUUCUCAACCCCAACCACCUAACAUGCCUGGCCAGUACCCUUCUGGUGGCAUGAUGCAGCAGGGAGCACACUACAUGCAGGCUCAGCAGGCACAGCAGAUGACACAACAACAGCUAAUGGCUGCAAGGUCCUCCCUUUUGUAUUCACAGCAACCAUACUCAUCACUUCAACAGCAGCAACAAGCUUUGCAAACCCAACUUGGUGUGAGUUCAGGUGGAAGUCAAGGACUUCACAUGCUGCAAAGUGAAGCCAGUAAUGUCAAUGUAGGAGGCAGUGCCUCCAUGGGUUCUGGAGGGUUCCCUGACUUCAUCCGUGGCGAGGGUUUGCACGGCGGUGGUGGCAGAGGUCUUAUUGGAAGUAGCAAGCAGGACAUGGGGGGAUCAGAUGGCAGAGGUGGAAGCUCUGGUGAAGGGGGUGAAAACCUCUACCUGAAAUCUGCUGAUGAUGGAAACUAGCCGGCGAAAUCGGUGAAAUUCCUAGCAUUUUACAACAUGUUUGGUUCCACGGGGAAUUGUUCUAGAGUCACUUUUCCUUAGAAGCUAUAAGUCUUGGCUUUGCUUUAGAUUCUGUGCAAAUCGUGAAACUAAAUAUGCUAUUAGUCUUUCUUAGUUAGGUAAAAAAUCUAGCUUUUUCUUAGGCAAAUGAAGAACAAGUAGCUAGGUGAAAAACUUAAAUGCUGCUGCUUAGGUAAUGUUUGUUUAUCUUUUGGCUCUUAAGGCAAACUAUCAAACUGUUGCCUUGAUGAUUCUAAAGUAGUAACAUAAAUUAAAGCAUAUCUUCUAGUUCUUAAGUUAA